CAAGGGACUCAAAUGUUUUCUGUGACGUCAUCACCCCACAUCACCACAAAACAGCAAACGACGACUAGCUCAAAUAAUCAUACAAUUGAGAGCACUAAAGAGUUCCCAACACUUGUGGUGGGUAUUGGAGCUGGUGGAGCGGUAUUGUUUGUCUUUGUGUUGGUAGUGAUAAUAGUUAUCUACAGAAGACGAAAACUCUACAGAUCCAGCAAAACAAAGAGGGAUUCUCUUAAAUCAACUGAUAGAAAUGCUACAAACACUCAACGGAUUAGUUCUUUCACGAUAGACAAUACGAAUGAAAAUAAUGUAGGCAAUAUGAUCUUAUCCGAAUUGCAGAACAAUGACGAGCGAGAGAAUACCGGAGAAGGAGUGUACGACCAUCUCAAAACGCAUAAAAACCGGAAGUCCUCCGGGACGGCGUUCACCGACAACGCUUAUGACCAUGUGACCCGCAAUCCGAUUAAGACAAAAACUGGUCAUGAUGGAAGUGUAUACGACAGCUUUUCUAAGCACGAUGAACGUGAAGUUUCUGGUGAAGAUUAUGAUCAUUUUGUACCCCAAACCGACAUAUAUGACCAUAUGAGACCAGUUACCAUAGAUAUAGGGUUCGAAGACUACGACCAUAUCGGAGGUAGAUUGUUCACAGACCAACACAAUUCACCAUAUUCAAAUUAUGGCAAUUUUAACCCAAAAUGAGGGUCACGUCGAACAAGUUGAUCAAUGACAGUGCAAAGGGAAAGAUUGGUGAUUCGGAUUCAAACCACAGAAAAUAUACAAAGUAGACAUUUCACUGAAGUACAAUAACGGCCUUUUCUUAAGCAAAUGAAAUAUUAAAAAUGAUGAAUUUGUCGAGCUCCUGUGAAGAUCAAUUAUUUUGGUCAGUUUGCCUCAAGACCUUGUUAAUGCAUCGGGCAUUCCAACCACGGAGAAGAUAGAGGGUAUUACCCCCCACGGCUUUUUGUCAUGUACGUACUUGAAUCAAUGCAAUACUAAGGAUGAUGCUUGCUUUUGUCGACUUCAUGUGAUGAUUCAUCAUAAAAAGCUUGUCUCGAGACCAUGUUAAUUCAUUACAUCAUCAACAAUGUUUAAGAUAACGUCGAAUUGUUUAGGAUAUCGAUUCCGAGAACUCUAAAGGUAACCUCAAAUGAAAUAAAUACAACUGAGAAUACAUUAAUUUAUUUCUGAACACAAAUUGUCUGCAAUGGAGCUGGUCCCAUCAACCGGUCCUUGUGCUAAAGCUGUUUGUCUGGUAACGAUCAAUUCAAAGUUUUGAAUUUUUACUAAACUUUAUUAUAAUACUUUCAGUAGACGUUGACAUUGCUAUUGUUAUAAU